UCAGUAAAUGACAGGGUUGAGUUUGUAACAAAAAACAAGUUAUGCAAAUCUUGCUUAAAUUCCCACUCAGGGAAAGGUAAUUUAAAAAUUAAAUGUGCAAAUUGCCACCAACAACAUAACACAUUAUUACAUGUUGAUACAGUUUCUAAAGUGGCAAAUAGUGCAACUGUUGUUAGCAACACAGUGGCCUUAUCAAGUGGCUCUCAUGUGGGUGAUGUGUUACUGCCCACUGUGUCUAUCAGGUUAAUUGAUAAAAAUGGUAAAUUUAUACAUGCCAGUGCACUGCUGGACUCCGGCAGCCAAGUGUCUUUUAUAUCAGAAGCUUUGUUGAGUCAAUUGGACUGUCAGAUCAAUACUGACAACCGUACUAUCACAGGUGUAUGUGAGGGCACGAGCAGUGUAUCAAAAAGAGCCGAGGUGACAGUGUACUCUUCUAUUAGUGACUUUAAUGUAAAAACUUCCUGCUGUGUGGUACAAAACAUUACUUGUUCUGUACCUCAGACAUCAUUUGACAUCUCAACAUUUAACAUCCCCUCACAUAUCAAAUUAGCUGACAAGAAGUUUAAUCAGAUGGGUGAGAUCAGUGUUUUACUAGGAUGUGACAUAUUUUUCCAGGUCCUGCAGCGUGAGUCGCUGCCAGUUACUCCAAAUGGCCCUUUCCUGGUUAAUACAUUGUUCGGGUAUGUGGUAGCAGGCAGCCUGCCUGUCUCCGCUGGUAACAUCUCAUCUUCUAAUGUUUGUGUCACUAUGAAAGGUAACAAAUUUGGCUUCCAUAAUAAUGCUUCUGAGACACCUUUUGAUCCUAUAGAUCAAACAUAUAAUUAUUCUGAAAAUAAUUGUAAAAAUAUUAAUGACUUAGAAAAAACAAUGUCAAAUUUUUGGGAAUGUGAAAAAGUACCAGUUUUAUUCACUGAAUCCUCAUCUGAACAGCAAUUAGCUGAAGAAAUAUUUUUGGAAUCUGUUAAAUUAGAAAACAAUCGUUUUUCUGUUGCUUUGCCAUUGAAACAAGAUUUAGAUCAGAUUAAUUUGGGUGAUUCUUUGCACAGUGCCUUGCUAAGACUUUAUAAUUUAGAAAAGAGAUUUUCAAAGGAUCCUGAAUUGUUUGUAAAGUAUAAAGAUUUCUUUGAUAAAUACCUAGCAGAUGGCCAUGGAAAAUAUUUUGAUAUUUCAAACUAUGAUUUGAACAAAGGAAAUGUUUAUUUUUUGCCCCAUCAUCCUGUUUUAAGUAAAAGCAAAACCACUCCGGUUAGAGCAGUUUUUGAUGCUAGCAUGAAUGCUAAAAAUAAAGUUUGUUUGAAUGAUUUAUUGCUAAAUGGUCCUACAGUGCAAAAAGAUUUGUUUGAUAUACUUAUAUUACUGAGAACUUAUAAAUAUGUUUUAUUGUGUGACAUAAAAAGCAUGUAUAGGCAGGUUUUAAUUGAAAACAAGUUUUGUUGCUUACAAAAUAUUUUAUGGCGUGAAUCCCCGCAUGAUCCUGUUCGUUGCAUUCAACUGCAAACUGUCACUUAUGGCUUAAAAAGUUCUUCUUUCCUAGCUACACGAUGCCUUAUCGAACUUGCACAGCGCUACAAAAAUGACUAUCCUUUAGCAUCUUUUGCCUUGCUUCAUUCAAGUUAUGUUGAUGAUAUACAAUGCGGCUCUAAUCAACUGAGUGAGUUAGAGCAAAUUAAGAAUGAGUUAAUUAAGCUUUUGGGUUUAGGAGGCUUCUCAUUGCACAAGUGGUGUUCAAAUCAAAUAGAUAUUUUAUCAGACAUCCCUAGUGAAUUACACAGUGUAACUGAAAAAGAUUUUGACAAAAUAAACACCUACAUUAAAACAUUAGGUUUAUCCUAUGAUCUGUUCUGUGAUAUGUUUAAAAUAACUUGUCCAGAAAUUAAUUUACAAGAGUCUUACACAAAACGUCAAGUGUUAAGUUUUAUUAGUAAAUUCUUUGACCCGUUGGGACUUGUUGGCCCUAUCUUUACACAAGCGAAGGUUUUGAUGCAGCAAUUGUGGUUUGAAAAUCUAAAGUGGGAUGAAGUAUUACCAGCUGAAUUACAUGAUCAGUGGGUUCAAUUCGUUAAAAGCUUAAUUAAAAUGCAUUGCAUUUCUGUGCCACGAAAUAUAAAUACGCUUAAUGCUGUUUCUAUAGAACUUAUCGGAUUUUGCGACGCCUCCAAUAAGGCAUACGGUUGUUGUUUAUACUUACGUGUAAUUGACGCUGACAAUGUUGUUAGAAUCAUGCUGUUGUGUUCAAAAUCUCGCAUCAAUCCAAGGAAUAAGUGCUUAACAACACCGCGUUUAGAACUCAACAGUGCUUUGCUACUUGCUAUACUGGCUACGAAGGUGCAUUCGAUAUUAACACUUAAGUAUGAGAUCAAGACGUUUUUGUACUCAGAUUCUCAAAUAGUCUUGUCAUGGCUUGGAAUUGAACCAGCGAAACUCAGCGUUUAUGUGUCUAACCGGGUUGAGAAAAUAAGGCAGUUGACAAGUGAUUUUCAAUGGAGUUAUGUUUCUACAAAUGAAAACCCUGCUGAUUGUUUGUCCAGGGGUGUACAACCUUGUUCCUUACAAAAUAAUUUGUUGUGGUGGAACGGUCCAUCAUAUUUGAAGGACAAAAAUUAUAAACAUUGUAAAAGUGAUGAAUGUGUUGAAAAUGUCAAUACCUUACCUGAAAUAAAAAUGAUUAAUGUCUGUAAAAAUGUUAAUAACUUACCUGAAAAGACGGUCUCAAAUGUAUGUACUGCUCAGGAAAAGGAUAAUUGUAUUGUAGAAUUUUUGAAUAAAUAUUCUGAUAUUGAUAAAAUGACAAGGAUCAUGGCAUACAUGUUGAGAUUUGUUCAUAAUUGUAAGAUCCAGAACAAAGAUUGUAAAUUGAAAGGUUUUUUGACGCCUAAAGAACUCAAGUCUGCAUUGUGUGUAAUUUUAAAAAUUGAUCAAGAAAGAUAUUUUCAUGUAGAAAUUAAUAACUUAUUAUCAAAUAUGCCAAUAAAGACAAAUAUUGCCAGUCUGAAUCCAUUUGUUGAUGCUCAGGGUUUACUAAGAGUGGGAGGCAGAUUGCAAAAUGCUGUAUUAUCAUUUACUAAAAAGCAUCCAAUUAUUUUGUCUAAAGAUUCAAAUAUUACUAAACUAAUUAUUUUACAAGAACAUUUAAGACUUUUGCAUGCAGGACAGAAAUUAGUGUUAAGUAGUUUAUCUGAAAACUAUUGGAUUGUUAAUGCUAAUAGGGUGAUAAAAUCUGUAUUAUAUAAAUGUAUAAUUUGUUUUAAAUUAAAAGCAAAAAAUGCAACUCAGUUGAUGGGUUCAUUACCUUUGGAUAGAGUGCAAAUGACACGUCCAUUCCAAAUUGUGGGCACUGAUUAUGGUGGUCCCUUUUAUGUAAAACAGAGUAGAAUUCGCAAACCUGUUAUAACUAAAGCAUAUAUUGUUAUAUUUGUAUGUUUUGUAACUAAAGCAAUUCAUAUAGAACUUGCUUCUGAUAUGUCAACAAAUACAUUUUUGGCCUGUCUUAAGAGAUUCAUUGCUCGUAGAAAUAAGCCUACCAAAAUUUAUUGCGAUAAUGCUGCUAAUUAUAAAGGAGCUAAUAAUGUAAUGAAAGAUUUGUAUAAACUGUUUGACACCACAGAACACCAAAAUGCUGUGAUGAAUUACUCAAACUCAGAAAGAAUAACUUUUCAUUUUAUUCCAUCUUAUUCCCCAGUUUUUGGUGGUCUGUGGGAGGCAGGCAUAAAAAGUGUUAAACACCACAUGAAGCGUGUCAUUGGUGAUACUGUUUUAACUUAUGAGGAAAUGUAUACUGUGGUUGUUCAAAUAGAGAGCAUAUUGAAUUCAAGGCCCAUUACACCCAUGUCUAGAGAUCCUGAAGACAUGUCCUAUUUGACACCUGGACAUUUUCUCACUGGUUCGCCUCUUAUUACAUAUCCUGAGAUUAAUGUCACACACGAACCAAUUGGUAGAUUAAGUUUUUGGAAACAAUGUGUAAAAAUGCAACAGUGCUUUUGGAAGCAAUGGCACAAACAAUACCUAGUUAUGCUUCAGAGUAGGCCUAAAUGGAAAAAUGAGUCUAACAACAUUAAGAUUGGGAAAAUGGUAUUGUUAAAGGACGACAAUGUAUCAUCACUGAAUUGGCCAGUUGGUAGAGUCCAUGAUGUUAUGCCGGGCAAAGACGGCAAGGUUAGAGCCUUAGAAAUAAAAACCUGUAAAGGUUCAAUUAUUAGAACUAGUAUAAUGAAAGUUUGUGUCUUACCUAUUCAUGAAGAUUAAUAUUGGUUUAUUAAGCAAUUUGUUAGCCAAUAAAGGGCAUUUCAUAUGUUUUUUAAAGAACUAGAUAACUAGUAAUUAAGAAAACUUCACUUUAAGAUAAAUAAUCGUACAUGCCAAUGUGUGUAAUCUUUGUAGAUGUUUAUGUUUAUAUUGUUUUAGUUAACUUACUAAAGAUAAAGUAGGUUCAUGUUUUUAGUUUAAAGUUAAAGUAAGAUAUUGUAUGUAAAGGUUUCGUAAGAUAAUGAUUUCCUAGUUACUUUAUUCAAUCUUUUACGAUAAGAUUAGUGUUUGUAAUACUGAUUGACUAUGUUUCGCAUUGAAAAUUGGGUUUUAAAUUCUAUUUCAAUACUGUCUAGAGGUUGUUUAAUUCUAACUAUUAGACCGUAUAAAAAUUAAAAACUUAAAAUACAGUCCACUAUUUAUUUAGAGCGAGUUAUCGAGUUAAAUUUUUUAUUUCAUGUAUUAAGCAGAAACUUUUGCCUUUGGCCCCCAAUAUGUUCAAUGUAAACAUCAGUCACUCAUUCAUACUUAUUCAUUCGUUCCUUUUUGACAUUCAUUCUAUUGGAGAGAAUCGGACGGAUUGCACGUUGGAGUCUAUAACCUCCACCCCAAAAUUGUUUUACAAUUAAUUAACGUGUGUCCAAUGUGUCAAUAUACGCAAUUUGAAAUUU